ACAUGCGGUGCGGGCAGCCGUGUGUCUGCAUGUGGGAAGUACGCAGACCUCUGCCGCCAGCGUACCGCAAGAACAGCAACAACAACAACAACAACUAUUACUACUGCUGCUGGAGAACUAAAGGCGGUGAUGGCAUAUGUAGGUAGUAGGGAUUUUAAUUAUUACGAAUGGUGGAAUAACACGAAAGAGAAGUUGAAAAAGGAAUGUCGGGAGAACGCCGAUCAUGAGGUUGAAGGAAUAAAUUGUACGAAGUGGUUACAAUCUCCACAUCAAGAGCAAGUAACUAACCUUAGACAAGGCUCAGGAGAUCAUGCAAUGGGCGAAAAUGCAGUAAUAGGAGAUGGUGUCCAAGGGGUGGACAUCAACCAACCUGUUGGUGCACAUAGGCCUGGUUCAGUUGAAAUGCCAAGGACAGUGAUAGCAGAAGAAGGUCAACAACAAGAAGGAGGUACACUCGGAGAAGUAAAAGCCUCUGGAAGUCCAAAGCAAAAGGUUGAAUCAAAAGACCUUGUAAGUGCUCCUGAAGCUGCACAACGGAAUGAAGUAAUACCGUCGACAAAACGACAAGGAGAAGACUCCAAUGUAGCUAUACAUGGUAAUCAAGGAACACCGAACAACACAUCUGUUAACACUGUAACCGGUGAAGACCAACCUACCCAGCAGUCUCCUCUAGCUGUUAAUGCGACUGCCGCACCAGACUCAAAAGAAAGCACUAACAAUAACGAGAGUACAGAUUCCAGUGCUUCUGGCUCAGACAUGGGUGUGACUGCGAAAACGGAAACAGAAGAAACCAAUUCCACUACUCCGCCGAGCACCGAGAAUACUACCACAGAAGCACCAACCACCACUCCAUCUCCUGUUCCCGUAACUGACCCACAGAUCAGCACCAUCACUUCCGCCGUACAGAAGAACAAGGCUAAUGUUGACAGCAGUGUCAGUCCUGUGUGGAUGCGCACUGCAGCACCGCUGCUGAUUGUGCUUGUGUUGUUCUCCGCUACCGUGUACUGA